AUGGGUUGGAAGGCAGCGCAAAAACUCAUCCAUCACUGGAAGAUACUUAGAGGUGAUAAUGUUAUGAUAAUGAGGGGUAAAGAUAAAGGGGAGACUGGUAUUAUAAAGCGAGUUGUUCGUUCUCAAAAUCGUGUGAUUGUCGAGGGCAAGAAUUUGGUGAAGAAGCAUAUCAAGCAAGGGCAAGGUCAUGAAGGUGGGAUUUUCUCGGUGGAAGCUCCCCUUCACGUCUCAAACGUUCAGGUUUUAGAUCCAAUUACAGGGAAACCCUGCAAGGUUGGGAUCAAAUACUUAGAAGACGGUAGCAAAGUACGAGUAUCCAGAGGUAUAGGGGCCUCGGGAUCAAUAAUUCCUCGUCCAGAGAUCUUGAAGAUAAGGAGCACUCCUAGACCAACCAUUGUUGGCCCGAAAGACACUCCAAUGGAACUGGUCUUGGAGAAAACUUAUGAUGCUAAAACUGGCAAGGGAAUGCCUGAUCUUUAA